GAGGGUACCGUAAGAGUUAUUUUUAGAUUUCUGCUGUUUGGGUAUUUCAUUUGACGAUAAAGUGGGUCAACCAGUUCAAGGGUCGUCACAACACACGACAGUUCGACACAGACGUUCAUUUGACUAGCCAAACAUGAAGAAGUCUAGAUGUAGAUCCAUCUUUUUGCUAUUUUGGUAUAUCUUUCUGACACAGUCGAUGACUGCUGCUUUUGGAGGAAACGCCAUACUUCAUGUCAGUUCUCGAACAAAAGAUGAAACAUUCUGUAUUAGCUAUGACUCCCUCGCGCAAAGGCUGCCUUCAUCAUUGGAAGAUGCGGUUCCGAGUCAGCUUCUUGACUUGUCCCAAGCAACAGGCUGCACCUUGCAAGAAUUUCAUCAGCACACUUCUUUCAGCGACAAAACUGUUGCCCUUUUGAGCGGGAAGUGUACCUCCAAGCAGAAAGCCGAACUGGUGCAACAAAUGAAUGGAAGGAACAUUCUGCUGAUUAACACCACCAACUAUUAUACUGGACAUUUUGGCCAGACGAUUGAGCUCUCUUCUGUAAACGUUACCGUGGCAAGCAUCACCUGGGCAGAUUAUAGCCAGAUUUUUUUACACAAAAGGCCAAUAUCCCUGAAACUCUUUGCUCCGCCUAAACCAGUUUGGGAUCCUAACAUGAUAGUUCUCACUGUGUUCUCGACUGCGUUCGUUAUGAUUGGUGCCGGCUGGGCUGCGUGUGUGGAGCGCAGUACCUUGAGAAAUCUGACCACCUCGAGUGAUGACGACAAAAUAAAAGAGGAGAAAUUCUCCAAACUGCAGGCGGAGUCGUCCCAAAACCUAAUGUCCAUCGGCGUAGUUGGUGUCUGGUUCCUCUUCACGUGUGUCUUAAUCGUCUUGUUGCACUUUUUUUAUCCUUACAUGGUUUACAUCUUCAUCGCCAUCUUUAGUCUGUCUGGGUCAUACAGUCUAUAUCAGUGCCUGCUUCCUGCAUGUUCCCUUGUACUACCUGCUAUAUAUGAAAUACAAGCCAACACAGUGCCUUGCUUCAAAAAUAAGGUGAAGCUGAGAGACCUUGUCCUUUACGUGUUUUCUUUGUCACUUGGGAUCUACUGGGCCGUUCAUCGUAACGCCAGCUAUUCCUGGGCCAUCCAAGAUUUGUUGGGUGCCUCGCUCUGCAUCAUCUGCCUCCAGAGUCUUCGCCUCCAGAGCUUUAAGACACUGUCCGUACUUCUGCUUCUUUUUCUCAUUUACGACAUCUUCUUUGUCUUCGUCACGCCCUUUAUAACCCAAAAUGGCGACAGUGUGAUGAUGAAGAUAGCCACGGGUGGUUCUACAGCGAUGGGCUCUGAUCAAUACAGAGCUCACGAAAGUGAAUCUGUUCAGUAUGUGGCUACAGCUCAACCCAAGGAAUCUUUACCUCUGAUGUUCCUCAUUCCGUUGAUGAGUCGCAAUCCUUUGGCUCGCUGCAAUGAACAUUUAUAUUCCAUUCUCGGCUUUGGUGACGUCAUCAUCCCUGGGUUCCUCGUUUGCCACAACGCUAUUUUUGACGUCAGGACUGGUACUAAGAUGGUGUACUAUUUAGCCUCGUCUUUAGGAUAUUUGUGCGGAAUGAUCUUCUGUAUGGUAUCUCUGGUCCUUAUGAAUUCUGGACAGCCGGCACUUCUUUAUCUGGUCCCAGGUACGCUGAUUACAACCGUGGUCUUGGCGUAUAUUAGAGGAGAUCUACCCAAGAUGCUACAAGACUCUCAUUCGCAGGCUAACGCGCAGACAAACUUGACUUCAACACAGAAAACUUCCGAGGAGGAAGAGGACUACAUUGAUGACUCCGAGAAUGGAGAUCAUUAUUAUUUGAUUAGUCAGUACACAUCGCAAGAGAAGAAAGAAAGAUUAUAGCGUUAAUUUACACAUUGUACUCUAGAUAACUCUCAUGUCUUAAGAUGAUAUUAUUUUGUAUCCUAAAAUAUUUGUGAAGUUUUGUAUAUUUCUGAAUAUUUGCUAAUCAUUUUAGCUGACUGUAAAUACUCCACUUCUUUCAACCCAAAAUGGAUAAAAGUUGUAACUGACUACAACGUACAGACAAAGCAGGGUGGCCAAGUGGUAAAGCGCUUGGCUUACGAACCGAGGAUUCUUGUGUUCUAAUUCCGGAUAAUACUACGAUUUUAAAGUUUGGGAUUUUGAGAACGCCCUUUAGUCCAGCGAACCCUAAUGGGCUGCUAACAUACUUUGGCCAAGCAAAGACCGUUGCUCAUAUAAUCAACAUUAUCUUCCUCCAUAAAUUGCAAGAAGUAUCUUUACUUGACCUACAGUAGAGUAGUGAAGAUGGAAGCUAUUUUGUUAUGCAAAUUUGAAAACGAUGCUCUGAAUGAGACGUGUUUAAAUGAUGAAGUCUGGAACAACUCACACCAUUGCCCGGAAACGGAAGUUGAAGAAGGACAUGAAGGCACUCAGUGUGUCCAUUAACCAGCUGCACAGCACAUUCUCAAACUGACAGAUCCACUAGAAAGGAUGGCUUCCUGAUCCGAUUAGCUCUGGACUGUUGCCUUGAUGGUCCCGGGUUGAAACUCUGCCCGAUGCCGUCCUGCGGGAGAUUUAGUUAGGUGUGAUCAUCUUCAAUUCUGAAAGAACAUCCGAAACAUGCAAAAAUAAACCAAUUUUUAAAAUAAUUCCAAGAUGAGAGCUUCUUUAUUUGUUUGUCCAACGCUAAAAACAAAUAAAAUUUCAAAUUUUCUUGCUAUGGGGCAGCAGUCAGUCUUCUCCGUAAACAGGACAGGUCACUAGAUGCCCAUUCGCAAUGACAGAAUAAACGCGGUGUCUUGCCACUCAUAACUUCUGUCCUAGUUGAAUCACAAUUUGAACACUUCAUUUAAAAACAUUGAAAAUCUCUUACCCAGAUAUGAAGACUUUCUGAUAUUUGGUAGAAUUGACCAUAUCCACAAUAGAGAUACACAAAAUAUCAAAAUUUCUGAUCUAUGGUCGAAUUGCCAUCGUAACGACUAUUUGAAAAUGAAAUGUCACUUCGUGGCCACGCAGUGUACUAGAUGAAGCAAAGAGGACAGGAAAGAGCUGGGAAGCCAUAAAAAAACUAGCAAGAGACCGUGGAGAGUGACGUGUUUUUACUGAGGCCCUAUGCUCCAUGAGGAACGCAAAGGAAAGAUGAUGAUCUGAUCCUAGUCUUAAGCCAGUUUGACAAGGCCAAAAUUUAGAAAUUGUAUUAUUUCUUCAGUGUGUAAAUAUAUUGCCAUGAAUCCUUAAGCCUUUCUUUUUUUUUUUUCUAUUAUUCUAUUUGUAUUUUAAUAUAAAUUAAAAUUCACAAUAUAA